CUGGCUGUGCUGCUGUUUCUCCUUUAAAGAACUUCUGGCGCAGCAGCUGUUUGGGGUGGAGCUAUUGCAGCAGAGGCUUUCAGUUUCGAUUUUUUUCCUCACUACCAGUAGAAAAAAGGAUCUCCAGCAGAAUAAAAAGAAAAAUCAUGACAGAAGAGAGCAGGUUCUGCAAAAACUGUAAACGAGAUGUGUCUGCUGCUAAUUUCUCCCUCCAUGAGGCCCACUGCUUGCGGUUUCUCACUCUUUGUCCAGAAUGUGAUGAACCAGUUGCCCAAAAGGAUAUGACAGACCAUCAAACAGAAGCACACAAGCAGACCAUGGAAUGCCACAAACGAGCAGUGAAAUGCAAGAUCUGUGAGCUUGAAAUGCCCUUCAACAAGCUGCAGGAACACCUGAACACCUGUGCCAGCCAGACAGAGUGGUGUGGGGAGUGUAACAAAUAUAUCAUGUACAAAGACCAGAAUGAACACAAAGAGAUUUGUCAGAACAGUGGUCUGUCCUGUCAUAAGGAUGUGAACUUUCAAACCAGUGAAACAUCCACUAAUGGAACAUUUAUCUGCCCCACUGGUACCGGUGGCAAUUUUUGUCAGAAGUGCAAUAAGUCAUUCCCUGAUGACCAGUACUCCCAACAUCUGGAUACAUGCAGUGCAGCCCAUAAGCUGACAGAAGUUCUUGCUGGCCAGCCAACUUCAAAACCCAGCAGUGAUCCACCAGAGUCUUCAUCCCUGGCUCCCUCUUCCUCCUCUGAGAAUGUAUUGGUGUGGAGAGAUGUCCGUCCCAAGGGGAAAGAAAGGCAUCAGUCACUGACCUCCAAAACCUUGCUUAAACCCCCAAAGAACAAGAAGAUUGGCUUUCCCUCUCCCACAAGAGGUGGACUUUCCACAUCGCCUCAACCUCUUAAAGACCCCCAGUCUUUUGACAUGCUGGUGACCUGUACCCAUUGCAACAUUCUUCUGCCACUUCCAACCCUUCAGAAACAUGAGAUCAAAUGCCUACAUUUGACAUCUUUGAAUGGGAUGAAACAAAAAUCAAGCCAUGGAGAAAAAGAAGACUCUUUCUACAGCAUUUAUGAUUAAAUCUGAAAAUAGAGGCAUAUCUUCAGACAAGCUUCAGUUCAGCUUUACCAAAGGCACUGAAAAGUGCAAUAACUUUAUUGACAAAUAAAAGUGACUUGCUACUCUGGAUCAAGAA